AUGGGAGACAAGUAUGAUCGUCAAUUACGAUUAUGGGGUGCCGAAGGUCAGCGACAAGUAGCCAAUACGCAUCUUCUACUCAUUGGAUCAUGUGCUACUGGCUCUGAAGCACUUAAGAAUCUUGUCUUGCCUGGUAUUCAGCGUUUUACAAUCUUGGACGAUCAAAUAGUUACGCACGCCGAUGUAACGAAUAAUUUUUUUGUGACGGUGGAGUCUAUCGGGAGCUCUCGAGCUGAGACUAUUGCUAAGUUUCUAUUAGAAAUGAAUACGGAUGUAUCUGGAAAGGCACGUCAUGCGCAUAUUAAACAAAUACUAGAGGAAGAACCUCAAUACUUGGACCAAUUUGAUUUAGUCUUGGCGACGCAGUUGGACGAGUUGGUGACAGUGGAAUUAGCUCAAGUCUGUCUUAUGAAAAAGCUUCCACUGGUGAUAAUUAGUUCGUAUGGAUUCAUUGGAUCAUUGAGACUACAGGUACCUCAACACGCUAUCAUUGAUGCAAAAUUAGACCCCCCACGACAUGAAUUGAGACUGUCAAAGCCUUUUGUGACGUUGGAUACUUUUGCACAGAGCUUUGAAUUGCAGUCCAUGUCAACGAUUGAUCAUGCUCAUGUGCCUUUUGUGAUCUUGUUAUUACAAGCAAUUAAGAAGUGGAAAGAGAAUCAUGAUGGACAAGCACCUAGAACAUUUGUAGAAAAGGAAGCAUUUAAAAAGAGGUUGCAAGAAAUGGCAUGGGGAGCUUCGGGUCAUGAAGUGAAUUUUAUGGAAGCUGCUGAAAAUGCCUACAUGGUCUAUGUGCCUCCACACGUGCCGGAAGAAGUAGCAUCAGUGUUAAGUGCUGCUGCAUUGCACACUGUGUCAAUCGAGGCUUUGGAGAAGACAAAGAAGAUGAAAGAGUUUUGGCUUUUAGCUGAUGCUCUGAAAGCUUUUGUGGAGGAAAAUGAGGGAUUGCUACCAGUCACGGGAGUUGUGCCGGACAUGACGGCGUCUACGGAAUCGUAUAUCGCGUUGCAGGAACUGUAUAUGACCAAGGCCAAGGAGGAUGCAACAGAGGUUUACGAGAUCCUGCUCAAGAAGCUGCAUGACUUGAAUCUACCUGAAAGCACGAUCUCGUUUGAUACCGUGGCAGCAUUUUGCAAGAACGCCCCAAGUAUUGGCGUGCUGGAGACACGCAGUGUAGCGCAAGAGUACAAGCAUGUCAACUUGCCGGACAUGGAUCUGGACGACGAGGACAAGGAGCAAUCGCCUUUGAUCUGGUAUUUCAUGCUCCGAGCAGUAGGUGUCUUUGCUUCUACAUUCAAUCGUUACCCUGGCUCAGAUGAUGCUACUUCCACUCAAGACGAAGCAUGGCUUGUAGCAAAGGCAAAGGCUUUAUCUGCUGGCAGUGACGUCGCGGACUGGAUCACUAAUGAUCAUGCACUGGAGAUGACCCGCUCUUGCCAGGUUGAACUGCAUAACAUUGCCGCUGUGCUUGGCGGUGUUGCUGCGCAGGAAGCUGUGAAACUGAUCACGCACCAGUUUGAGCCGCUUAACAAUACGUACCUAUUCAACGGCAUCUCGGGCGUGGCUGCAACGUAUCAGCUUUGA